AUGUCCCGACCAACCCUCUCCCAACUCUCCCGCCUCCCCCGCACCCUCAGCACCCAACGAUUCGCCUCCACAAAAUCUUCCGCCCCACGUCAAGCCAUCUACUUUGGCCGCGACGUAUACUGGGGAAAAGCCUGGAAGAAUGUAUACGGAACGGGACUUCUAUAUAUUCCUGCUGUUGCUGCUGUGAUGUUUUGGUGUAUGCCUAUUCCGCCCGUGAUGAAUCAGUUAAAGGGGGUUAAGAAGACUUUGGUUGGUGCGUAG